AUGAAAGCUGCUAUUUCAACUGCUGUCCUCCUUCUAGCGAUUUCUCCGUUUGCAUUUGCGCAAAGUUACCUUCGCGCAAAACAAGAGUUCAUAAACCUACGAGAACAGUUAGGCACUAACAAGAUAAGCGACAUUCUGUUCCUGCUCGAUACCUCUGGUAGUGUGUCUAACUAUGGUUUUGAAGCUGAAAAGGAAUUCGUCAUAAACUUUCUGAGCACUAUAACUGUUAGCUUUGAAGAAGCCAGAGUAGAGGUCAUACCUUUUGGUAAUACAGCCAGCCUGUAUAUAGACGGAGUCUCCAAUCCCUCUUCGGACAAGGACAAGUGUGAUCUCAUUCAAAAGCUAAAACAGAUGCCUCACAGCUAUGGCUGGGCAACGAAUACCAAGGGUGCCUUUCAGCUCGCUUACGAUGUCUGUCUUGGAAAAUAUAGCGGCCAAAAAAGAGUCCCAUUGAAUAAAGUGAGGACGGUGGUUAUUCUCAUCACAGACGGAUAUUGGAAUUAUCCGUAUAACGAUCCCAGCCCCAUUCCCAUCGCCCAGAGUCUGCUUGCAGCAAAUGUAGAGGUCUUUGCAAUUGGUGUCGGAUACGUAAAUCUGCCAGCGCUUCAAAAGUUGGUUAAAGAUCCAGAAAAACAAGCAUUUCAUUUGCAAACCUUUACGCACCUUAAGGAACUGUCGGUCUACGUUAGAGGAGGUAAGUGAACAAAAUAUUUUAAUCAUAUUCAGACCUGGUGUCUUUUGAGGUCCCCCAGAAGUUUCAAAUUGAAUAACUUCAAAAUAGUUAAAGCUAUGGCUUUUCCCAAAUGUUGUCAGGUAAAAUUUAAUAUAGUAGUCGUUACGUGUACUUCAACAUUGACGCUACCAUGGCAACCGAGUUUUGACAACCAUAUUUGCCUUUUUUUAUGUAAAAACGUCUUAUUUCAAUUAUACAUUUCAUUUAAUUCAGUUUCGUAUUUAAUUUUUUAAUUUUUAAUUUUAAUUUUUAUUAUUUUUUUUAAAUUAUUCACCGCAAGCUCAGUUAAUAUUGUUGAAUAAUUAAUUAUUCAACAAUAUUAACUUCGCCUUCGGCGAAUAAUUGUUAAUUGUACUCCAGAUUUUUCAGUCAGUCUAAUUGGAGAAAAAAUAUGAAUCUAAAACGACCGAAUUGGCAGAUAUUUAGCUCAAUUUUCAAUACUGUUCAUUUCAAUUUAGAAUUUCAUUAUUGGAUUAUUUUUUGCCUCUUAAGGAUCCAUUUAUACAAAAAUCAAAUUUUCUCUUUUAAUUCUAUUUGACUACCUCAAUUCUCAGAUGUAAACCGCCAACACUCGACUGGGUUAAAUAUUACUUGUGGCGUUCCUUAGGAGUCAGGGAUAGUCCCUACAUUGUUAACCAUGAACAAGAAUAUUACCAUGGUACCAUUUACACAAUUCAUCUGGGUUGAAAUCUUGUGCAUAUACAUAAAACUGUAAAGUUUGACGCGAAGAGGAGAACGACUCGCUUCAAGGUAUAUCCAAAUCAGCUAAAAAAGGCCAAAAAGUGUGGAAAAACUGCAUCUCCUCAAAUCACAGCUCUUAUUUCUGAAGCUUGAUUUUCCAACCGGAAUUUCCAGUUUUCCCACGUAAAUGAUAUAAAGUACCUUUAGUCUCGUCACGCAAGGCUCCUUGGAAAGGAGCGUUGCGUGACGACACUGAGUUGGAGACUAGUUAGAUAAGAAGUAUAUUUUGGUUUUAUUUUUUCUAGACCCAAAGCGGACCUGGCAGCCUGUAGAGUCCCACAAAUGUAACAACAAUUGCAAACAAUUGGAAAAGUGCAUCUGUGACCUUCAAAACUAUGAUUACAAGUGCUUUUGCCUGGAAGGACGAUGCUAGAGUAAGUCUAUAUCAAAAGGUAACUUUGUAGGAAAUGCAGGGUACUAGGCGGAAUUACAAAAAUGGCAUCCCUGUGGCAACAUCCUUACGCUGAGAUAUAAGAGCAAGCACCAACAUCUUUACAAGUGCAAUUUACAAGUGUGGUUAUUAGUGAGAGUCUAAUAAAGCAAUAGCUACAGUUGUAAUUUUACCCUGCGAGCAGUUGGAAAGAGAAAGGGAGCUCAUUUUGAGCGAAUCGUUCUCCGACAUUUGCCGUAAUUACGGCGCAAGAAUUAACCUCGCAGGAUAGUAGUUGUGUCAAAAAUUUGUAGCUAAUCGUUAAUAGAAGCCAGGCCGAGCAAGGCUCGGUUACAUUUGAAUUUAGCGCAUGCUCAAUAGGGAGAGUCGAGGCGCCUGGCAGAGGUCCCUUCUUCUUUCCGACUUAUCUAGGAACAUCCAAGGACCUCUACUCACAGGGUAUUGUAAAUUACACUUGUAAUUUGGAAAUUUUCAAUGUUUUUCUUUGAAAUUGAGCAAAUUUUCUCAAUCCUAGUAGCCUAAAUCCCAUAUUCCGCGUAUAAACAGGCAUGACCAGUUCGCGUUCCUAUUUCACCCCCUCAGAACCCUAACCCUUUUUUCUUUGUUUUUAUUAUUCUAUAAUUCCGGUUGCCUUAAAAAAAUUUUUAAGAUCUUUCGUAGCCAACGAAAUGAAAUACCAAUUAGACCCACGAAGUUCUUUUUACUUGAUGCACUGGGAAAUGCACCGUACCUUAAUAUACUGUACAAUCCGUGUCGAUACAAGAUAUGCCCCAUAAACCAAUUCUUAUUCUCUUUAUAAGCCUAUUAGUCACCAUUAUCUUUUCUUGCAAUGACACAUAAAAAUACGAGUGGCCUGAUUCCGCAGUCGGUCAUUCGCUCGUAGAAGAGAGCUCUGACCACACUACUUCGGGCUGUCUCAGAAUUUCGAUGUUUUAUAGUAAUUAAAGUAAGUGUUUUAUAGUAAUAUUUGACGCUUUCCUGACUCAAUUCCUUUUUUCUUCACUAUUUCUACAGGGAUUUAAGGCAAGAAGUAAACGAAAUGCCAGACGACGUAAAGUAAAGUUUUAAACGAAAGUAAAAAAAGUUUGUGUUAGUCAAGAAGAUGCCUAAAAAUGAUAAAGCAAAUAUGGGCAAUACAUGGUAUAAUUAAAGUUAAAUUCAUACCCACAAAACAAGCGUUAUCAUUUGAGUCAUUCUAACUUAAUCGUACCUUCUGAACCAUGGCCACUGAAAUGCUUUAGUAACAAGUUUGCACGAUUGUGAAUACGUUUUCGACUUGUACAAGGGCAACCAUACCAAUGUAAGGCACUAUAGGUCUUGCAAAAUCACUUCCCGUAAUUCUGUUGAGCACUCGGGACCCUAUUCCUUGUAAAAACAAUCAUAUGCCUUUAUGUCAUCAUAAAGUGUGUGCAAAAUCUUUUCCAGCGAAAACCAAGUCCUCUACAUUGAUGCCAAUUAGCCUGCGUGGGGACGUCUCCUAAUUCCUUUGAGAAACACAGAAGACUGCUCACCGGCUACUUGCCAAUAAGCAGAUUGGAGCAAUUUUUUGUUGAGGCUGUAAGCGACGAAUUGUUCUUCUUAAAAAGAGUCAGUCAAUUUUCUAGCAAUGGUUUCAACAAUAAACAUACACUUCUUUCAGAUAUGAUAGGCAUGAUUUAGUGUUAAUAUCCAAAAAUGGCCCCCAUUUUCGAUUAUCAUCGAAUUUACUGAAUUUUCUUUUAUUCGUAGAAGACUAGUCGGUAAUUUCAGUCGUAAGGACUGA